AUCAACGGUGAUAAAGAAAACAACCGCAUCACUCUUGACGCAGACGCACCGUACCAAACGUAGUUCUGAAUCCGUGUACAGUCUCACCGCAGAAAAUCAGAAUCCUCCAUACCCGCCCAAAUUUGAGCUUUUUAUGUUUUUGAUCUCUUAGUUCUGCAAACCUAAAAUCAGAUCCACAGUGACGAAGGGGAAAUUGGUGAUUUUGUUUUUGUGGAUUUUUUUUUUUGGGAAUUAUUUAAUGUAAAAAGCGAAUUGAGUUAAUAGAACAGAGACAUGGCGGGGAGGAGUGAGGCUGUGUCGAUCAAGGUUCCGUAUAGGAACCUUAGGAAGGAGGGAGAGGUGGAUAUGGUGGAUGAGCCUAACCAUCGGAUCAGUCUCAGUUCGUCGCCUGAUUCCCCUCUUCCGUCGUCGUCGUCGUCUCCGAUCGAGGUUAGAUCGGAGCAGCAGUGUAGCUUGAUGAUUCUCAUCCUCGGUUGUACGGUGGCGGCCGGGGUUCAAUUCGGUUGGGCCUUGCAGCUGUCGCUGUUGACUCCGUACAUUCAGACACUUGGAAUUGAGCACGCAUUUUCUUCAUUUAUUUGGCUUUGUGGCCCUAUAACAGGCCUUGUGGUUCAACCUUGUGUUGGUAUCUGGAGUGACAAAUGCACUUCAAAAUUUGGAAGAAGACGACCUUUUAUUGUUGCAGGGUCUCUUAUGAUCUCAGCUGCCGUGAUAAUAAUCGGAUUUUCUGCAGACAUAGGGUACAUAUUGGGUGAUACAAAGGAGCAUUGCAGUACAUUUAAAGGUACACGGACGAGGGCAGCUUUUGUUUUUGUUAUUGGGUUUUGGAUGUUGGAUCUUGCAAACAAUACAGUGCAGGGACCGGCUCGUGCCCUUUUGGCUGAUCUUUCAGGUCCUGAGCAACGAAAUUCUGCAAAUGCUGUUUUUUGUUCGUGGAUGGCAGUAGGAAACAUCUUAGGAUUCUCUGCUGGUGCUAGUGGGAGCUGGCACAGAUGGUUUCCUUUCUUGAAAAGUAGAGCUUGCUGUGAAGCCUGUGCCAACCUCAAAGCAGCUUUUCUUGUUGCAGUUCUCUUCCUGGCAUUGUGUACUCUUGUGACUGUAUAUUUUGCUAAGGAGGUUCCAAUAUCUGCACCUGAGCAGCCAAUUCGUUUAUCAGACUCAGCACCUUUGUUGGAUGAUCCAACACAAAAUGGUGUUGAACUGUCAAAAUUAAAACAUGAUAUUCCAGUUGUUACCAGUGCCAAUGUGAAUGGUUCUGAGAAUGGCUACGAACAAGAUAUAACCCCAAAGCAUGUGAACUCUAAAGAUGUGAAUGAUCAAAGUGCAGUUUUCAGCGAUGGGCCUGGAGCAGUAUUAGUCAAUUUGUUGACCAGUUUAAGGCAUUUGCCAUCUGCAAUGCACUCAGUACUUAUUGUUUCAGCUCUUAGUUGGCUGUCCUGGUUCCCCUUCUUUCUAUUUGAUACGGAUUGGAUGGGAAGAGAAGUAUACCAUGGAGAUCCAAAAGGGGAUUUUUCUGAAGUGAAGUUGUAUGAUCAAGGUGUCAGAGAAGGUGCUUUUGGUUUGCUAUUGAACUCUGUUGUUCUGGGCAUUAGUUCUUUCUUAAUUGAACCAAUGUGUCAAUGGAUGGGAGCAAGACUUGUCUGGGCUAUGAGUAACUUCACUGUCUUUGCUUGCAUGGCUGUCACUGCUGUCAUUAGCUUGAUAUCUGUCCUUGAAUAUUCUCAAGGAAUCCAACAUGUAAUUGGAGGGAAUGAAGCCAUAAAAAUUGCUGCCUUGAUUGUUUUCGCUCUGCUUGGCUUUCCUCUAGCUAUUACGUACAGUGUUCCUUUUUCCGUAACAGCUGAGUUGACUGCUGAUUCAGGUGGCGGCCAAGGGUUGGCAAUAGGGGUAUUAAAUCUUUCAAUUGUCAUUCCACAGAUGAUUAUAUCCCUUGGUGCGGGUCCAUGGGAUGCUCUAUUUGGUGGAGGAAAUAUACCUGCCUUUAUUUUGGCUGCUUUCUGUGCAUUAGCAGCAGGCAUUAUUGCUAUUCGAAAGCUUCCAGAUCAUUCUAGCAGUUCCUUCAAGUCAUCUGGUUUUCAUUUUGGCUGAUGAGCCAAGCUAUCUUUGAUUUGGUGACAACUGACAACCAUGGAAAUGCUGUCUGCUGCUUUUGAACAUCAGGCCCUGCCACUACUUGUACGUAUAAUUUUAAUAUAGAAACAUGUGCGAAUUACAUACUAAAAUUCAUUCAUUUUUUCCCCACCUUGGGGGAACAUGUACCUUGUGUAGAGUGUAAAUUGCCAAUUAUUAUAUUGAAAAUGCUUAUACAUUCAAUAACAUUUAGUGACCUCCUACGUAUACUAGAAGCUCUUAAUUAUCAAUAUAUAUUUAUUUUCAAAACAUCAUCCAAUUCUGAUUGUCAUUUUAGUUGCAGAAUUGUAUAUCUAUUGUUAUAGGUCUUGCGUUGUUACCAAGUAUUCAUGUUGUGGAUUUGUCAAAUUUACUUGUUAUAGGUCCUGCAUUGUCGCUAAAUAUUCACGAUGUGGAUUUUGUCAAGCUUACUGGGUUCCUUGGCUCUUCAAGCUUAUUAUUCUUCACGAUAUCUUUGUAGUGUCAUGGCGUUAUUCAAAUCAGAAAAUCGGAAUGGUAGAUUAGACAUUGAUUUCAUGUUGGAGGUAGCAUGAACAGAAAAUUCUGUACUAGGCUGCUACUCCUAGCUUUAUGGAUGGGAUGUGCUGAUUCUGUAAUGGUGGAUGGCUUGUUCCUGACCUUGAGGCAGUGUGCUAGAUUAAUAUUGUUGUGGUUUUCCCACAAGUAUUCUUGUCUGAGUCUUUGGACACUAACAUCCAUCCAUACUCAACUUGUUCUGACGGCUAAACCUCACUUGUAAAUCAUGGUAAAAACUUUUGACCAUAGGUGCCUUGUGCUGAAUCUCUUGAUGCAGAACACUAACAAUCUUUGAGCUCUUAUAAUAUUCACAUUUUUU